AGGGUAGCUGGAGGCGGGAGGAGGACUGGUGGGGGUGCUGGGCAGUGGAGUGGGUAUCACAGGCCCAGCUGUCCUUCUGCCCCUCCCUUUACGUCCAUGUGGGCCAGUGAAUCUUUACCCACUAGGCUCCCAGCAAGCUCUUUCUAUGGGCCAACUCCCCAGCUGAGCCUCAGUUUCCCUAGACUCCGACCCCUAAUCUAGGCCUCUCUUCCCUUCUCUUCCCCCUCCAUUUCCCAUUCACAGAGCAUCUGUUGGGGGCCCUUUGUGCAAUGAUUCCUCUGUUCUUACUCCCCCCACCCUCCCUUCCCACUGGAGCACUCCAGGGAACCUCUGGCAACUGUUAGGACCUCAGGAUUCUUGAUUUGGAAUGGAGUCCUUCCCUCAAAAAAACUUUUUUUUUUUCUUUCUCUGGAAGAUUGCUUGAAGAGAAGAGCAUUCAUCUGGGAGUUGGGUAGUAUGGGAUGAGUUUGUCUGGUUGCUGCUUUUGGAGCAGCAGGUGCCUCAUUUGCUGAAAAUAGUAUUAGUUCAUGACAGCUGUGGUUCCGUGUAGCUCUGCAUUACAGGGCCUGCACUUCGUUUUUUUUUUUUGAGACAAGAGUCUCACUUGGUCACCCUUGAUAGAGGGCUGUGGUGUCUUGGCUCACAGCAACCUCAAACUUUUGAGUUCAAGCCAUCCUCUUGCCUCAGCCUCCCAAGUAUCUGGGACUACAGGUGCCUGCCGCAAGCCCAGGGUUUUUAUUGUUUUUGUUUUUUUGAGACAGAGUCUCACUUUGUCAAUUUCAGUAGCGGGCUGUGGUGUCAGAGGUCACAACCUCAAACUCUUGAGCUCAAGCGAUUCUCUUGCCUCAGCCUCCAGAGGAGCUGGGAUCACAACACCUGGCUAUUUUUAGAGAUGGGGGUCUCGCUUUGACUCAGGCUGGUCUUGAACCUGUGAGCUCAGGCAAUGCACCUGUCUCGGCCUCCCAGAGUGCUAGAAUUACAGGCAUGACCCACCAUGCCUGGCCUGGGCCUGUUUCUAAGAGGCUAGUGUUCUAAUGUUGCAAGGUUUUGAGGUUGAGAGUUUAAAUGCCCCCUGUUAGGUAGUCUGUGACAGCUUCGUGAGAAAGGUGUUCAUCUUGGAAGGAUGGGAUGUGGCUGUGCGGAGGCUGGGCAGAAGUUACCUCUUAGGCAUGUGAGGGGAGGACAGGCCAGCUGUCCUGUGCUGGGAAGAAGCCCCAGGAACCUGAGACGUUGGCAAUGUGAUCUCAGUUAGGGUCUGCCGUAUCUGAUGUUUUUUUGAGUCAGGCCUGCACUUAGCUGCUUGUCUGGGCUGUGGUUGUGUGUACCAGGAAGGUGGCAAAGCAGGUGCUUCAUGGUAUGGUAGGAAGAAGAUAGGAGCAAAUAGACUCAACUUCAAGUUCUGGCUUGGCCUUUGGAUGGAGAAGGAUCUCUCAUCAUAUAGCCUGAGAGAGGUGGAUGGGCCAGUAGGUAGUAUGGGAUAGGGUAUAGAUAGGUCUGUAGAUGUUGGGAAGAAAAUGGGGAGAUUACUUCUGAUGGCUUCUGUUUUUUUUUUUUUUUCUGAGAAAGAGUCUUAAGCUGUCGCCGUGGAUAGAGUGCUGUGGCAUCAUAGCUCACAGCAACCUCCAACUCCUGGGCUUAAGCAAUUCUCUUGCCUCAGCCUCCCAAGUAGUUGGGACUACAGGUGCCCGCCACAAUGCCCAGCUAUUUUUUGGUGUAGUUGUCAUUGUCAUCAUUGUUUGGCAGGCCCGGGCUGGUUUUGAACCUGCCAGCUCAGGUGUAUGUGGCUGGUGCUUUAGCCGCUUGAGCUACAGGCGCUGAGCCAAUGGCUUCUAUUUUUUUCCAUUACAUAUGUUGUAGGAGUGGGGAUGGAAGCUUUGGGGAGGGUGGGCUCAGAAUGAGAGCAUGUUUAUGGACAGAGGGUGAGGACUCUAAAGAGACCUGGCCCUGAGAUUUCUGGGCCAAGCACAGGGCCCAUUGGAGGUUGGCUGCCAUGAAUUUAUAGUCCUUCCAGGCUCCAUUUUAUCUUAAUAACAUCCAGGUCAUAUACAGAUGGGAGUUAUCUUCACUGAGAGUGAGUGUGACCAGAAGACAGAGUAGGGAAAGGACUAACAAAUUGAGUGUAAUGAAUUAUGGAAUCUAAGCUGGACAAGGAGGAGUGAAGACAAGACAGAAGCUGAUGGCUGGAAAAGUGUGCCAAGUCAGUGGGUGUCCAUUCCAGAUAGGUAGUGGAAUAAUUUCAGCACAGGCACUAGAACAAGGGGGCUGGAGAUAGGUGGGACUGGGGAGAGAAUGUCAGUCAAUAUAAUGACAGGUUAGUGUCCUUUCUAUGUGACGAACGAAUAAAAUCAGAACACCAAGGCUCUAAGACAUUUUGAGGCAGUGAACAGAAAUGGAGGAAAUACAGCUAAACCACAUAAAAAGAAAUGCCCACCCUUAUUAUGAGGGACCCUGAGAUGGGUGUUUGUGCACAGGUGAGGCUUGCCAGGCCAGGUCAUACUUGGGGAGGACUCCACCUGACCAUAGGCUCUGGGCGUUCUGCUCCUAGGAAGAUCUCAUCCAGAAGCUGGAUUUAAGAUCUAUAAAUAUCUCCCUAAGUCCUCACUAGGCGCCCGCCAGGUGCUUUACUCCCAAGGAAGUGUGUAUAAACCUCGAGAUGCUUAUGGGUUCUACUCAGAAGACAGGAUCACAGAUGCUGGCUAUUUGAGGCCAAGAUUCAACUGGCCUUCUUUUGUUUAUUCAGCAGUCUUUGUAGACUCAGCCAUAGUUCAAAGAGGGGAGUGCCCUGAUAUCAAGAGACCUGGGUGUGUGUUAGUGCUAGCACCAGUUUUCUUAUCUGUAAAACAAGUCUUUGAGGUCCCUGCCAGCUGUGUCUCAGUGAAACUGUGAUUCCUAGAUGCAGCUAGAUAAUGUGGGGACAGAGGAAGGGGAGCCUGGAUCCCACUCUUGGAAAACUUCUAGUAUGGUUGAUGGGCUGGGAUUUUGUAUUUGGGAGAGCAGCCCAGGUCUAUACAAGGUCAGAGGGAUGAGAGAUGGUAAGGUUGUGGUAUUGAAAGAAGGCUUCUUGGAGCAGGUGAUAUAGUUGUCUAAGAAAUAGAUUAAAUAAAGACAGAUUCCAGACACCCAUGCCUGCCCCAACUAAAUGAAGGGCAGAUGUUACAAAGGCUUGAAGAGUCUUGCUGUGUUGCCCAGGUUGGAGUGCAGUGGCUAUACACAGGCGGGAUCGUAGUGUACUGUGUCUCCAACUCCUGCUUGGCAUCAAGAGAUCCUCCUGCCUUAGCCUUUCAAAGUGCCAGGAUUAUAGGCAUGAGCUACUUUAUCUUGCCUGAGGCCAUUUUUUUUUUUUUUUUUUUUGAGACAGAGUCUCGCUAUUGUCACCCUUGGUAGAGUGCCAUGGUGUCACAGCUCACAGCAACCUCGAACUCUUGGGCUUAAGCAAUUCUCUUAAGCGAGUCUCUUGCCUCAGCCUCCCAAGUAGCUGGGACUACAGGCAACCGCUGCAACACCCGGCUAUUUUUUUGUUAUUGUUGUCAUUGUUGUUUAGCAGGCCCUGGCCAGGUUCGAACCCACCAGCCCUUGUGCAUGUGGCUGGUACCCUAACCAUUGAGCUAUGGGAGCCAAGCCGCUGAGGCCAUUUUCGUAAGAAAAACAUUCUACCGCCUUGAGUCUUUGGGGCCCUAAAAAGAGGGCUUGCUGUGCAGAAGCCCUGCUGCUCUUAAGACUCUUUGCUUUCAGGAUUUCUCAGAUCCUUAGGAGGGGGGUCUGAGUGGGGGUUAGUCAGAGCUCCCAGCUCUCUUUCUUACAGCCUGUAUUUCUUCUGUGUGUGUCCUGUGUAUCUCUGUGUGCGUAUUCACUGAUAUGCAUUGUGGGUCUUCCGUAUGGGUGUGGAUCUGUAAAUGUGGCUUGCAUUUGUAUAUGUAUAUCUGUGUUUGUGUGAUUAUGGGUCUGUGAUGAGUUAUGGAUGUGUGUGUCCAUGUCUGGGUGCCCAUGUGCCUCCGUGUGGGCUUGGGGGUCUUUCUCUGUGUGUAUGUGCUCCUGGGCCUGCAGUGAACAGCGUCACGCUGGCCGUGAACCUGGUGGGCUGUCUCGCGUGGCUGAUCGGAGGCGGGGGAGCUACCAACUUUGGCCUCGCCUUUCUCUGGCUCAUCCUCUUCACACCCUGCUCCUACGUCUGCUGGUUUCGGCCCAUUUACAAGGCCUUCAAGACUGACAGCUCGUUCAGCUUCAUGGCAUUCUUCUUCACCUUCAUGGCCCAGAUGGUCAUCAGCAUCAUCCAGGCUGUGGGCAUCCCAGGCUGGGGCGUCUGCGGCUGGAUUGCCACCAUCUCCUUCUUCAGUACGAACAUUGGCUCAGCAGUGGUGAUGCUCAUUCCCACCGUCAUGUUCACGGUUGUGGCUGUCUUUUCCUUCAUUGCCCUCAGCAUGGUUCAUAAAUUUUACCGGGGCAGUGGAGGCAGUUUCAGCAAAGCUCAGGAGGAAUGGACCACGGGGGCAUGGAAGAAUCCACACGUGCAGCAGGCAGCCCAGAAUGCAGCCAUGGGGGCGGCCCAGGGAGCCAUGAAUCAACCGCAGACUCAGUAUUCUGCCACCCCCAACUACACGUACUCCAACGAGAUGUGAACCAGCCAUGCCUAUCAGGAGGCAGGGCUGGGGUCACUGGGACAGGGGGCUCGAGCCACAUCAUUUGUUGUGGUGACCAAGCAGGGUUCCCCCUUCCCUUUUCUCCUCCCCGACUUUGUACAAAGAAUCAGAGUUAUAUAUGUAUAUAUGUAUAUGUCUGUCCCCUGCUUCCCACCUGUUGGAUUCUGCUCUUGGCACUCUAAGAGCUGUGGGCUGUACGUGGAGCUGUUCUGUGCAGUAGUAACUGUCAGUGUCCCCUUCUGAAAUAGUGUGCAGUUGAGGUCUCAUGUUGUGGUGCUAGAUAUAUGUUUAGAACUAAACCAGUCCCCCACCUGCCCCUUCUGACCCUGGCCCAGGGACCCUCGUGGGGUAGGGGGAGGCAUAGCAGAAAGUCUGGCCCCUUCCAGAGUCAUGAGCUGACAUUGUUUCCAUUUUUGGUAUUCCUGGGAAGCAACAGUAUUUAGCGCUCAUGGUGGUGGGUGGAAGAGUGAGGACAGGCAGGGGAUCUUCCCGCGUUCCUUCUGAUCCAGCCAAGUCUCCCCUCCCUCAUCCUCUGCCUUCCUCAUUUCUUCCCAGCUAUCAGAGUCCCUGUGCUAUCUUCCCUUGCCCAGGGUCUUUCUCUUUCCCAUGUGGCUUUUGUUUUCCCUAAGGCUGAUUAUCCCAGCUAUAGCUGCUCCUGAGACUGAGCCCGGAUUCCUCAAUCUGAUCUGAUUCCCAGAUCCAGGAAGCUGAGAGUGGAGUUGAGCCUUAGUACUGAUGUGGAAGGGGAACACAGCUAGAAAUGCAGAGCCUGCCUGGGUCCUUGAUUCCCAGGGAAUGGAAAUGCAGGGUUGGUCUUGGCUCUGCGAGCUUGGCCUGCGGAGGCAGGCUCUUCUUUUCUCUCCCCUGCCUUCCCCUUCUCCCCAGAGAAUACCUGGAGCCCUCUGCCUCCUCCCCAUACCCCGGCUGCUAUGGCUUGAUUCCCUUACCUUGACCCCACCACAUGCCAGGUGUCAUCUGCCUAGGACAUGGCAGAUUCCACUUCCUUCCCUGAGGAGCUGGGUCAUGUCAGGCAGUUGUCAUGUGUAAAGGCACAGCUGGAGCAGAGUGCAUUUGGGUAAUUAUUAGUCCUCAGGGGAGGUCUGAUUGCCCCCAGACCCUUGGGGCAUCUAGGUGUCUCCAAAUGAUCAAUCAUUGCAUUCCUGGGAGCAGUAACAGCAGCAGCAGCAGUAUUUCUGUUUGAAUCUAGUAGAAGGGACAGGGCUCAGAGCAGGAGGCCUGGAGGGGAGGUUGGAGGAGGAGGAACCUUGUGGGAGGGGAGCAUGCCUCUCCCACUUUACCUGCUCUUGGUCACAGAGUACUUCUGGGCAUUUGAACUCACGUGCCAAGGAAGAAGCACAGGCCUGGUCUAAGCUGUAAGCACAAUGGCCUAAAUAGGAUUUCAGCUUAGGUGGGGUGGGAGGGGACACCCUCUGGAUUUAUUUAUUUAUUUUUUCCCCAAAUCAAGAAGACUUCCUGACUUUGUCAGAAUCUCCUUCCCUUUUCAGGAAAGUUAUUUCAGGAUCAUGGGGCUGUUCUGUUCCAAUCAGUGUGAGAGCAUUGCCCCAUCUGAGACCUGGCAGGGAGUGGGUUCUCACUCAAGGAGCAGGACUGCCCAUUUCCCACCUUCCUUUCUCCCGACAGAAGCCUACCUGGGCUAUUUAAGACAAAAAAAAAAACAAAACCCAAAUCCCAGUUGGCCACUCUGGGUUGACUCCAGCUUGGAACUCAACACCUGUGCUUCCAGGUACUGAGUUUUGAUCUCCAGGUACUUCGUUCCUUUCCCUGCAAGAGAAGCCAGGGGACUCUCUUCCUAAGAGUCCCUUAGGCUUGGACCACAAAGUAUAAUUGCCUCUCUGCUCUCCCAUUUUCUUUCUGGAAAGCAGUUUUCACAGUCCCUAGCCCUGGAAAAGCGACCUUAGGUCUAGGCCUUUCCUCCCCUUUCUUCGUCCCCACCCCAGACUUCUGGCUUCCUUUCCCUUAGUCUCUCUGGUAGCUCCACAGGCCUGUGGUCCAGCCUAGCAUCUGUGACCCACUGGGUAUCCCCUCUACUCGAUUUCCUGUGCUACCUGCCUCUCCUCUUUCCUGGCUCAGACCUAUUUGGUCAUACCGUGACUACCCUCAGGAAAGCCUGUUACUUGUGUAUGGCCCAGUUUGUUCAAACCCUGGGAUGCUGCAUCUCCAGGCAUCUAUGCACUUUCCCGGGGAGAGAGCCAGUGUGAGAAGUGGGGACUGGGUACAGAUUCAUCUCUUCUGAAUGGUCUGGCUUGGGAUAGGCUACAAGAGGGUCCACGUCAGUUCCAGGGAUUCUCAGGUCUGGUGCCAGCCAGUGACCUGCUUUGGCAUUCUCCUGGUGCCCACUGUUCCUCCUCACUUCUGGGAGAUGGACCAUUCCCCAGCUGGCAGUUGACCUGCCUAAGCCAAUGUGUCUGUCUGUGGUAGUUGAAUGAACCAUAAUAAAGGGAACAUUUGGCCCUGUG